AUGGCUCUGGUGCUUAGGAAGCAAGACGCGCUGUUUCACACUUUUGGCGUGGACAUGACAUUCAACCCUACACUGCCAACCCACGAAGCCAUUAUCGUCGCGUGGGUCAACGAUCAUCAUCACGACACUGUUUCCGUGGUCAUGUGUCCAGAUGGAACUAACUCUACUUGUCUAAAGACCAUGACGAUCGUUGGAGACAGACUAGGCGACGAUGAUGGCAAUGCCACGACGGUCUACUACCCUUUGCCUUGUGCUCAGUCUGGCAACAGCAGUCGAUCUGCGGAUGGCACGACUGUACGCCUGAGCAUCCGCACAACGCCAGAGACUUGUCAAUUGGGCUACUCUUCACCUCCAGACAGUGCCACCACAUGGAUUACUGCUUACACAGCUUCGUGGAUGGCUCCUCACUACGAGGGACGCAUCUCCUGGCAGGGUGCAAGGACGGGCAUGUAUGCGACAGGUAAUGGCGUGACCAUGCUGCAAGAUGCGGUCUUUAAGAACGUGGAAGUUGUCAGAGGGCCCUACCAGUCGGGCCAUUCAAUGCUAUAA